GCCCCCCUGGGUCCUUUGACCUUUCUUACACAGGUGACAUUCCCAGAACCUGGAGGCCAGGCUACAACACAAAGUCAAUCAAUAACCAGGGAGAUCUGUGAUAUAGUCUGGCAGGUGGGGCCUUGCUGCCAUCUGCCAUACGACCCUUCCAGUCCCAGGCUUCUGAGGAGACGUGGCAAGUGCAGUGCAGUUUUCAAGUGACCUCUGGACGCAGAAUUUCAGCCAUGAGGGUAACAGGUAUCUGUCUUCUCAGUGCUUUGGUCCUGUUGAGUCUAUCUGGUAACACCGGAGCUGAACCCGAGGGAAGAAAGCCCAACUGUUACAAUACAGUUAAUGGAUGCACCAAGAUAUUCAACCCUGUCUGCGGGACUAAUGGAGUCACUUACGGCAAUGAAUGCAUGUUAUGUCUUGAAAAUCAGAGGCGCCAGGUUCCUGUCUACAUUAAAAAAUCUGGAGUUUGCUGAGAACAAAGGUUUUGAAAUCUCAUCAGGUCACUGCAAGGCCUGGCUGGCCUGAUUGUUAAAUAAAUGCAUCUAAAUAACC